AUGUUAGUCACUGGCAGCAACCUAAAGUUGAUAGAAGAGACAAAAAAAGCUCUACAAAGUGCAUUCAAGAUGAAGGGCUUAGGGGAGCUCAAAUACUUCCUUGGGAUUGAAUUUUCAAUAUCCAUAGUAGGAAUACUUAUGCAUCAGAAGAAGUACACUCUUGAUCUGAUAGCAGAAGUAGGGAUGACUGCAGUUAAGCCAGCAACAACACCGAUAGAUGCCAAUAUCAAGCUUACAGCAAAGCUCUAUGAUGACCAUGUGAACCAAAAGCAAGAAGAGCCGCAUUACCCUCUAAUAGAUCAGGCAGCUUAUCAAAAACUCAUAGGUAAACUUUUGUAUCUCGACAUGAAAAGUCCAGAUAUAGCCUUCAGUACUCAAAUAUUAAGUCAGUUUCUGAACCAGCCAAAGAAAUCCCACAUGGAGGUAGCCCUAAGAGUAGUCAAGUAUUUGAAGAGGCAACCUAGAGAAGGUAUACUGCUAUCCAGUCAAUCAGACAACCAAAUUACAGCUUUCUGUGAUGCAGACUGGGCAGUAUGUGCACUCACCAGAAAAUCAGUCACAGGCUACUUGAUCAAGAUGGGAAAAUCACUAAUAUCUUGGAAAGCCAAGAAACAAACCACAGUGUCUAGAAGUUCAACUAAAGUUGAAUAUAGAAGCAUGGCUUCUACUGUUUCAGAACUUGUGUGGCUGCUGGGAAUGUUGAAGGAAGUUGAGGCUGAAAUGAAGGUACCAGUGCAGGUCUAUAGUGAUAGCAAAGCUGCAAUUCAAAUUGCAGCCAAUCUAGUUUAUCACGAAAGAAUAAAACAUAUAGAGAUAGAUUGUCAUUUCAUUAGAGAAAGAUUGCAAUAA